CUACAUGAAUAAUGAAACUUCCAGUGUGCUCCAAAUAGAAAACACCACGGCUUUGGGUGUUAGGAGCCACGUUGUUGAGUGUAUUCUGCAGAACGUCGUUCCGGAAGAGUUUCGGGGAGAUUGUGUCUUGCUCCCUCGGGGCCCUUGUGAUGUCAUAAAAAGUGCCACUCUGGAGAUUAGAAACGGUCCUACUCCAACUGCUACUAGCAUUAAAACAGACUGUGGCGAUCCUCCAGAGUUAGUGAAUGGUACGAUUAGAUCCAGGAAUGCAACCCUGGUGAUUUACCACUGUGAUGAUCAGCACUACUCACCUACGGGUGCUAGUGACAUGUCUCGUACUUGCCUGCCAAACGGGAAUUGGUCAAAUGAACAAUUCUACUGCAGCCUUGCCAAUAAUUCUUCAUGGAUGAGUUCUCCAAAGUUCCAUGGUGGUGCAACGUAUGAUGUUGUGAUAAUCACAACCACAGUAGCAACAGUACUCGCAUCUAUUAUAAUGGUGCUGAUUUUUGGAGUAUAUUGUUGGCAAAGAAGGAAAAUGAAAGCAAAGAAACAUGAACCACCUAUGAAUGCAGAGACUUUACCUGCUGAUACCAGCGAGCAUUCUUUUCCAGGGCAUCACACUUCAACCACUUCGGGAGAUACCGGUUCAUCUCAGUUGCAGCAGCAACCUUAUCCAUUAACUCUCACUGAACAUCUUCAGCAAGAACUCAGCUGCAAACACAUGCUUUUCCAGAAGCAUCACCUUGAGCUUAGCAAGGUUGUCGGACAAGGAGAAUCAGGUCUAGUCUACCGUGGAUACAUCAACAGUAGUGGAGGAAGGGAACUGGUAGCUGUUAAAACUGGCAAAGCUCUGGCAUCACCCACUGAUAAGGAGAAGCUUCUGAAGGAGGUUUGUGUUAUGCUGUCCUUCAGUCACAAGAAUGUCAUGUCACUUAUUGGACUGUGUUUGGAUGGGGAGGUGCCCCUGCUCAUUAUGCCAUUUAUGAUUAAUGGCACUGUCUUGAACUAUAUCAAGCAAAACAGAGAGACUCUCUAUUUCGGCCGGUCUGCUGAUAAAAAGCAGGUUGAGUCGGCAAGGAUCGCAUCUUUAGGUGUUUGUCACCAGAUUGCUAAUGGGAUGAGCUACCUCACAAAGCAUAAAUUUGUUCAUCGAGAUUUAGCAGCAAGAAACUGCAUGAUAGAUGAAAAUGGAGUGAUCAAGGUUGCAGACUUUGGUCUGACGGAGGACAUGUAUGCCACCAACUACUACCGUCGAGGGGGAGGAGAAGGAGGAGAGGGAGGGACAGGAGGACAUGAGGAGAAGGUUCCUAUUAGGUGGAUGGCUCCAGAGAGCAUUGAGGCCGAUUUCUACGAUGAGAAAACUGAUGUGUGGUCAUUUGGAGUCACUUGCUGGGAGGUAAUGACAUGCGGUGGAGUCCCCUAUACCGGUAUUCACAUCAUGUCUCUUUUGAGAGAACUUAAUUCUGGUCACAGACUUGACAGACCUAGCAAUGCUGUGUGCUCUGAUGAAAUUUGGGAGAUGAUGACAUCAUGUUGGUCCACCAGUCCUGGUAAUAGGCCCACAUUCACUCUUCUUGUGAAAGAGUUUUAUCAAAUGUUGGACAAUGACACUUCAUACCUAAAACUGAACGACAGUUUCAAGAAAUCUCAGUUAAACACACUAGUCUGAAUUUUCUUAUUGUCUUUGUACCCUAAUUGAGGGGUGGUGUGUAUGCAUAAUAAACACACAAAAACUAACCCUGUACAGUAGGACAUUUCAAGGCAUGCUGCUC